UAGGGUGCCUCGGUUAUCUUCCAACGCCCAUCUGGGAACCAUAAUCACCCACCAGUACUAGUAUUUAUCCGGGGGCUAGGCCUAGAAUCCCCGGCCUCACCCCGCGCCGCCCGCCGAGCCCGGCACACCCUGUUCCGCGUUCCUUGGAGGACGAUGCGGAAGCGGCUGGAAAUCAUACACAGGUUCAGAAAGUCGCACAUUUCGGUCAGUCUGGUAAACUGUGAUGUAAGCGACACCUCGGGGUGCCGCCAUGGGGCCCCGGGAGAGGGGAGCCCUCCACCCCUGGGUGUUGCAGCUGAACUCCCCUAAGGAGCUUGAAGAGAUCCGCAAAUCUGGUAUGAAAAAUUUCCGUAAUAUCCAGGUUGAUGAAGCUAAUCUACUGACCUGGCAGGGGCUCAUCGUUCCAGAUAAUCCUCCAUAUGACAAAGGAGCAUUUCGGAUUGAAAUCAACUUCCCUGCUGAAUACCCAUUCAAACCACCCAAGAUAACAUUUAAAACCAAAAUCUAUCACCCGAAUAUUGAUGAGAAAGGCCAGGUAUGCUUGCCAGUGAUCAGCGCUGAAAACUGGAAACCAGCAACCAAAACUGACCAAGUAAUUCAGUCUCUCAUUGCCCUGGUCAACGAUCCCCAACCCGAGCACCCCUUGCGUGCAGACCUAGCUGAAGAAUACUCAAAGGACCGUAAAAAAUUCUGUAAGAAUGCUGAAGAGUUUACAAAGAAAUACGGAGAGAAGCGACCUGUGGACUAGAAAUUGAGGCCAAGCGCCAACGGAAAACACACAAAAAAACAAACACAAAUUCAAAAAGCGCAACUGAAGAAUUGGAGUCAGUGAGUUCAGAAUCCCCUCCUUCUCCUUACCCUGAAAAAACACACAUGAGGCAGGACUCCGCGGGAACACGGAACAGAGGCGCAGCGUCAACCCGCAGCUUUUGCUAAACUCUACUUAAAACUGUUAGAGGAGGAUUAAAGAAAAAGUGUGAAAAUGGGAGUACAGUUCUGCUCUCUGUGUAUAAACAAAAUCACUAUUUUUUCCAUUCUUAAUCACAGGAAAUGUUUCAUUCUUUUUGUUACCGUAUUAAAAAAUAAAUAACACACACAACCAUUAUUGCUUUUCCCCUAAGUGUAGCAUUGUAUAGGGUUUUUGUUUUUUUAUUAUUAUUAUUAUUAUUAUUUUACUAAUGAUGUUCCCAUCAAUUCACUUUGGACACUCCCUGGUAAAGGUCCCUUAUGUGUUAGGUUUUAGUCUCUACCCCUCUCUUUAGAAGUCUUCCAAGUGUCAGACUUGUCUCCUGAACCUCUGACAUGGAAGUUAUUAAUAACUUUGGCCCAAACAGACCUACCAAAAGGGAGGGGAUCGUCGAACAUUCGGCUCUUAGUUUUCCUUUCAAUGUUGCACUGUGCUUUGUGGGACUCGGUAAGUUCUCCUUCAGUUUGUAACAUAAAGAAAAUAAAAUUUAAAAAAAAGAAAAAAACUUUUAAACUGUUGGAAAUGAGCCCGUUCUUCUGUAAUUCUGCCGGAUGUUAAGAUAAUGUUUAUUAAAGGGGUAAACCAA